AUACAGCCAAACACAUCAGUCAUGGUGCUUCACCAUGUAGAAGCCGCCGUUCAGUAACCACCCUUCUCUUCCGUUCUUCGCUGUUUACAUGUUUUCGUGGUUUGAUCUUUAAUCUGUGCAAUGUUUACACCGGACAGUUAGCCUUUCGAGAAUCUCUUUCGAUUCAUCUUGGAGAAGGAUCAAAGUGUCUGAUAUCUACAUACAACACCAUGGCUUACUAUUACGACAAAAUACGAUCAGCCAUUAAUUUCGGAUUUUUUCGGUCAGGAUAUUAUUCUUUCUUUGAUCCAGACCAAUGCAGGGAUAAUGGUGAAAUCUAUGAUGACGGUACAAAUAUAAAGAAUAUCAGUGUAUCUGGCGUGGCCCAGAAAGCCGCCAUGUUUGAACCUAAUUCCAAUAAAACAACCCCACCUGUCUUACGGCGUUUACGGCAACAGCAACAAGAAGAGGCCGCAGCUGGGAAGCCCGUUGCACCAAUCAAACCGAACAUUGGCUCAAAAUCAACCACAGAAAAUAGCUCACCGUCUUGGGUGGUUAAAAGACAGAUAUCGAAUGGAAACCCGCCUGAUAAUAAAACAUCGUCGGAACCAACGUUCCCAGCGUCACCGAAAACCCCUCCCAACAUUCCAAGCAAAGGGAAAUGGCCACCCGCAGGUAGCAAAACCCCAGAUGUAGGCACAAAGCCUACCGGAGUAAGCGUAAAACCUUCUUCUUAUGCUACUUCUAACAUUCCACCUAAAACGAUACACCCAUCCCCUGUUCGAAAGGAUAUAAACGAUAAUGUAAAGAGUGUAUCGGACAAUGUUCAACCCAACAUUACUAAAGGCACCAAACGUGCCAGCGUGACGGACAUGUUGAAAAACUUUCAGGUGGAAAAGGGUGGCGCAGCUUCCGACCCAGUCGUAACCAAAAUUGGUCCGUUAAAAGAUUCAAAAAACAACAACACCACAGAAAAAUAUAAAGAACACAAACUAGAGAGCACACCUCCGCCAACCUCGCCAAAAAAGACAUCAGUUCAAGAGAUAAUUGCUGCACUUAAAAAAGAGCCAUCCGAUCCCAUAAGUCUACGUAAGGGACCAAAUACACAAAAACCAAAAACUUUUCGUCAGUCUGUGAUCAAACGUAAUAAAGACAAUAAAGAAUUCAAACGUGUAAAUACAAACAGCAUACAAAGUUCGAAUUCACCCCCACGAAAACCUUCCAAAUUAACCGAUAUCGAUUUAACCAAAUUAAAAGAUGAUUUUAAGAAACUUUUGAUGAAAUAUGGUAAUAAAGACCGGGUCUCUGUAAUAGAUACAGGAGAGUUUGAUGAUAUUUAUGAUGAUGUUGGCAAUGUUUGUAUUAGUAAUAGACCAGUUUCGGUAAUAUUACCUAUGACGGAAGAAGAAGAAUAUGAUGAUAUUGGAAAUACUAAUAAUUCAGACCCGGCUGCUGUUGAUGAUGGGGAAACUUACGAUGAUUGUGGCGUCGGCGUGUUUCAGCCUGAUCCUGAUGAAAUCUACGAACCGUUAGACGAAGAGUGA